UUGACUUUAUACUUUAGUCAUAUCUGCUUAAACAAUGCAAGGUCCGGCUUCUCUCUGUCUGAGUUCCGUCCUUGGAUGGUGUCACGGUGGCCUGAUUUGCGGUGUGGCGCUGCUCGAGGACAAAGACCAGAUAGAGUCAAGCUAGACGUUUGGAUGUUGAUAAUAUGCCACAUAAAAAGCAAUUUGUCCUUCUUAUCCUUGGAACACUCCGUGCAACUGCUGCAUGCCAUUCUGUUACCCUUUCUGAUCAGAAAAUUAAAGACUUGUUUUUCUAAACUUUUCCUUCCCUUCUCAUCACUACACAUCGUACUUUGGUGCUGGCUUUCUUGCAAAUCAACCCUGUGUUGUGGGAACCUCCUCGGUACAUUUGAAUUUGUUGGGAAAUUCCUAUAGAGCAUGCACAUCCUCACUCUACAGAUGUCAAAAAAACGAUCACACAUUCUGAAGCAAUGUUUCCGCCACCCCCAAACUAGGCCACAAGUGUGGUCUAACUUCCUCAUUUCCAGUGCAAGUAAAUGGUAUUGCAGAGAGUUUCUGAGAGACUGUAAAUAAAUGUAUGUGUGCAGAGGGUGUGGGUAUGCAGACAUAUCUAGGCCACUUUUCUGACCACUUCUCUUUGUGGAAUAGACAGCUCCUCAUCUGCAUACUGCAAAAAAUAAGGUUAGAGGAAAAGCAGUACCAUAUUAGACUCAGAGGUUCCUGAAUUUCACGUUGAAGUCAAGUUCAAGUUCUGGAAGUCUAGCCAGUCAGAAUGAGGCACGUUGUCUGUUACAGUUCAAUUCAACAAAAACACAAGCAGAUGUUGAUUAGAAUAAGCAAUUGAUGGAAAAAUUGGAUCACACUUAACUUGAUUACACAUUUAAAUACAUUGAGUUCUCUGCUUGAUUUAACUUUCUAUACAUUCUGUUUUUCUGAUAAACUUUUUACUGAUUACUGAUAAACACUAUCAGAAACCUCCGUUUGAGUCAGCUAUAUUUUUCUUUUUAACAAAAGUUCUAAAAAAAUGAAAACAAUAAAUCAAGUAAAGUUUCCACAACAAACCAGCCAGGAAAAUGCAAUUUUUUGUGUCUUAAAAUGCUUCUUAACCUAUGUCCACCACUGCUCCUUAGUAAUAACUUUAACUCCCCCAUUUUCCAGUUAUGUCAAUUAUAAUCCCCCUGAGCUGAAACAGUUAAAAUAGGAUUACAUCCUCACCACCCACACACUUGUGUGGCUGUGUAUGUUAUGUAUAUGCUUCUCACUCGAUGCCUACCCGGAGGACUAAUGUGACUUUAUUGCUUUAAUGUUACAGAAGAAAGAAGGUGACUUAACAUCUAUUAGCACAUUGAUUUAGCCCCGGGAGUCUGCUAACAAUCGGGUGGUGUGUGUGCGUGAUGGAGUGAGUACUGUCCAUGUGCACAAGUUGUAUAAGCUUAUUAGCUACACCACUGGUCAGAGGAGGAGAUUGAGGUUAGUCUAAGCCCUAAUCCUUAUGGACUUUAUGCUUGUUAUACAGCAAGCGCAACAAAAUCCUAACUCCGCCCCUUCUAGACAGACACACAUACACUCGCAUGUCAUAACAACACCUUAUUCCAGCUUCCUUGUUUACUGUUCAGCCCCAUCUCAACUCUUCCUCUUAUCUAUCACUCAGCGGGAGGGUGGAGGAGGGGGAGGAAGAGGAAGUGGUGCGCACUGUUGAGUAGUUUCCCAGUCGCCAUGACGACCUCACACCCUCACACCCCACCAUCUUUGGAGCUGUCCUCUUGUUGCCACGGUGACCUGAUCCCUUUCUGUCUCUGUUGCUCUUCAUGAUCCGGAUUGGGCUGAUAAAUAAGAGCAAUCGGGAGUGGUGUCUCUUCUCUGACAACAGCUUGUGGAUGGGACAGCGGAUCCCACGCAGGAACGAAGAUCGGAGGACAGGAAGGCACGGAGUGCUGGGAAUGCUGGGGGAGUAGCACUGGAGUGUUGCUUGGAAACAGCAGCAUGCCAGUACAACAGAUAAAUGUGGUUCCAGUAAGGGAGACAGCGAGCAAUGGCAAGAGUGCUCCUCGCUCUAAAGACAAGAAUGAGGGGAGGAAGGCACCUGGGCGCUCAGGGAGUCGGUCUAGCAACAUCUCCAAGGCCAGCAAUUCUACAACUGGACUUACUACAGCUUCAAGAACAUCAAUAACCCCAUCAGCUCAGGAUAUAUGCAGUCACGGCCCGCAAACCCGUUUACAGAAGGAUGCUUCUGAAUCGCAUAAACACAACAAGCACACACACAAUACCUCUGCCAUGACAGUCACCAGCACAGCUCUGAGCUCAUCAGCUCAGGCCCAGAAAAAGCAGGUAAAGAGGCGUCACCGCCGCAAAAGGAGCAGCUGCACCACCUUUGACUGUGUGGAGCCCAACGGCAAACAGGAGCACAGCGACCGCAGUCUCAGCUCCGACCGCAGUGAGCUGGGUGAGAAAAGGGAACGCUCCUUCAAGAACCGCAGGGAGCUCCCUCCUCGUCUUCGCUGCUCAGGUGUCCAGCAGUCUGAAUCCUCCACUGAGGAUGAAGCAUGGCGCGAAACUCGCAGCUGGAGUAAGGAAAAAGCCCGAAGAGCACGCCGCCGUAGUGUAAGCAGCAGAGAGAGGGAUACAACAAAUGGUGCUAAAGGAGAAGACAAAACAGAAAUAAUGGAGCUGCAGUCUGUUGACUCAGAUGAAGGGAAGGAGAAUCAGCCGCUGGUGGAGGACAGCGGUGGCCUUAAGAAGCGCCACAACAUCAGGGAUUCACUGAACAGAGAUGGCCAUGUUUCACAGAGGGAGAGAUCACGGAGCAGAGAAAAAGAGAAGAAGGCACAGAGCCCAAGAGGCAGUUCCUCAUUGGCAGACGAUAGAGAGGAGCUCAUUACUAAGAGAUACCAGGAGAAGGGGUCAGGAGGCGGAGACAUGUCCGUGCCCACCCCACAGAAACACUGUGGAAUGAACGGGGGCACAGCACAACCCUGCUCAGAUGACUCUGAGCUGGAGGUCUGCAGGAUCUGUCACUGUGAGGGAGAUGACGAGUGUCCGCUCAUAAUGCCAUGUCGCUGCACGGGAAGCCUAGGCUUUGUUCAUCAGGCAUGUCUCAACCAAUGGAUCAAAUCCUCAGACACUCGAUGCUGUGAACUUUGCAAAUUUGACUUCAUCAUGGAGACAAAGCUCAAACCUUUGAGCAAGUGGGAGAAGCUACACAUGUCGAAGAGUGAGAGGAGAAAGAUCUUCUGUUCAGUGUUGUUUCACCUGAUAGCAAUAGUGUGUAUGUUGUGGUCUGUCUACAUUCUGAUCAAGAGAACCACAGAUGAGAUCAGACUGGGGAAGAACGGUGUGCUGGAGUGGCCCUUCUGGACCAAGCUGAUAGUGGUGGCCAUUGGCUUUACAGGUGGCCUAAUCUUCAUGUAUAUUCAGUGUAAAGUCUACCUGCAGCUUUGGCGCCGGCUCAAGGCCUUUAACCGCAUCAUCACCGUACAGAACUGCCCAGAGAAGAACCUACACAACCCUCAGGCCCGACCCACUACGCUCACCAACGGCAAGCAUGAAUCUGUGGAGGUUCCAGUUACCCCGGUUACCUUAGCCCCUGUCCCGCCUGCAGAGGCACAGAUGGACUCUGACAUGUCUGUGGAGGCUGCAGUGGCGCCGGCACAAAACCCGCUCCACAGGUCACUGGAUCUUGAGAUGCCACAGACAAAUUUAAAGUGCAAGGACUGAUACAAUCCUUCAGUGACCCAGGAAAACUGAAGACAAAGAGGGUCUGUGUUGAUGUAAAGCAGGGGUGUCCAAAGUCGGUCCUCGAGGGCCGCUGUCCUGCAGGUUUUCAAUGUUUCCUGCUUCAACACACCUGACUCAAAUAUAAUGGAUCCAACAGCCAAUUAAGUUUUGCACAAUUACUCAUUAAUUUGAGUCAGGUGUUUUGGAGCAGGGACACAUUGAAAACCUGCAGGAUUGUGGCCCUCGAGGACCGGAGCUGGACACCCCUGAUGUAAAGGUACAAAACCUGAAAGAAUUUGGGAUAAAAAAAAAAAAGGGGGAAAAAAGGUGAAGAGA